CCCUCCUUUCCCAACUGUGGAUUACUGGUGAUUUCACACCUUCGCUCACUUCUGCAUUUCCAGAACAUUGACUUCAGGUCGUCAUUGCCCAAUCUGGUGAAAGAUGGCAUCCAGCCUGACUUGUACUGGGGUGAUCUGGGCUUUCCUCUCUUUUCUCUGUGCUGCCACCUCCUGUGUGGGCUUCUUUAUGCCUUACUGGCUCUGGGGAUCCCAGUUGGGCAAGCCAGUGUCCUUUGGUACUUUCCGGAGAUGCUCCUACCCUGUGCAUGACGAGAGUCGGCAGAUGAUGGUGAUGGUGGAGGAAUGUGGGCGCUAUGCCACCUUUCAGGGCAUCCCCAGCACAGAAUGGAGGAUCUGUACCAUAGUGACCGGCUUGGGCUGUGGCCUGCUCCUCCUGGUGGCGCUCACGGCCCUCAUGGGUUGUUGUGUGUCCGAGCUCAUCUCCCGGACAGUAGGAAGAGUGGCCGGAGGAAUUCAGUUUCUGGGGGGCUUGUUGAUUGGUGCUGGCUGUGCCCUGUACCCGCUGGGCUGGGACAGUGAGGAAGUUCGGCAGACUUGCGGCUACAUUUCUGGCCAGUUUGACCUGGGUAAGUGUGAGAUCGGCUGGGCCUACUACUGCACAGGAGCAGGUGCUGCUGCGGCCAUGCUGCUGUGCACAUGGCUGGCUUGCUUCUCGGGCAAGAAACAGAAGCACUACCCAUACUGAGAUGGAGCCACUAGCAACAAACAGAGGAGAAGACAGGCCACACGGGCUUGAAGGGGCCAACGCAUCCCGCUACUUUCAAAAGGUGGAAUAGUGGUUCUAAUCCAAUACAAUGCUAAGGGAAUGAAACCCGGUGGAAUCAUGAGCAAUAUAUAGGAAGGAAAAGUUGCAGAAAAUUUGUGGGAAAAAAUGGAGCAAAUGGAAUGAUGGAGACAAAUGGACCAAAGGUUAAAAAUAUUGCAGAGUGUUGGGUAAUUCUAUUCCACAAGUUAUUGUUCAUGUAUAUCACACACACAUACACAAAGCAAAUCUAUAUAUGCAAACAAGGAUUUUGUCUUUGUUAUGUUUUGUUUUUUAAAGGUGAAGACUUGGGAGACUCCAAAGGGCUAGUAGAAAUGAUCUUAAGUGGGAAGCGGGGUACCCUGCAGAUGUUCCCUGUAGGUGACAACACACCAGAAAGCACACAAAUACAUGCACACAAGCUCAUCCAUACACACCCUCCUGCCCCACACACCUGGAUCGUCACAUGGACUACAGUGGACGUUUAGCAGUGUAUUACUCCUCAGUUUUUUAAAUAUGGAUUGAAAAUAUAGUAUUAUCACUUUAUAAAGCAGCCAUUAAACCUAAUAAAUGGACCAAUAAACCACUCUAUCAGUAUUUUGUGUAUCCUGGAUAAACUUCAUACGCUUGUCAUACUUUCAGUGUUUAUACGGAUGCUUAGAGUUAAGCCUUCAUAUUUCAUUAUUAUUCAAAGAUACGCAGUCUUUCUUGGAGUGGCUUCUGCUAUGACAUUCUUAUGAACGAAAAGGGCAACUUUCUGUCCACUGGAGGAGAGGAUUCAACUGAAGAUAUGAGAAAAAGGAGAGUCAUUUUCCAGUUAUCAGAUCUUGGUUUCUUUUGUCCAUUAUUGUAAUGUGCUGUACCACAUUUAUUUCAAUAUUCAUUUUGUAAGAAUUAUAAAGUGCUAUUUUGUUUGUAUUUGAAAAGCGCUGUGAAUAAAUUCUCUCUUCGAUCAAUA